AUGUUUCACAUUAAAAAUGAUAAUUGGAUAGGUCGAGUUAGUGCGUUUCAGGCUACUAAAACUCUUGAAAAUGGUGCAGAAUACAUAAAAGGCACAGUAAACGAGGCAGUUGUACUUCCUCCAAAAGACAAAGUUGCAGGAUCAUAUCAUUGGGAUUUUGAACGACUUUUAUCUUUAUCUUUGAUUCCACUUACUAUUACAUCAGUAGUAAACGGGGCACAUCCUAUUACUGAUCUUUGUUUGGGUGUCAUUCUUCCAUUUCAUUGUCAUCUUGGAUUCGAUGCAAUGAUUACAGAUUACUACCCAUCUCGUCGUAGUCCAGUCUUAAAUAAGGUUCUUACUUGGAGUUUAAGAGGGGCUACACUUAUUGCUCUUUAUGGCUGUUAUGAAUUUAAUACCAAUGAUGUAGGAAUGACCGAACUUGUAAAGAAAGUAUGGCAUGCAUAA